AGAGCCCGGCUUCCUCCCCUAAGGCAGCUGCAUAGCGAACUCCAUCUCUCCCGCAAUGCAUCUCCCUGCGAUUCUGCUUUGUGCUUUCUGGUCUGCAGUGUUGGCUGAGACCUCUGACGACUAUGAGCUCAUGUACGUGAAUCUGGACAACGAAAUAGACAAUGGACUUCAUCCCACCGAGGACCCCACGCCAUGCGACUGCCGCCAAGAGCACUCGGAGUGGGACAAGCUGUUCAUCAUGCUGGAGAACUCGCAGAUGCGGGAGGGCAUGCUGCUGCAGGCCACCGACGACGUCCUCCGGGGAGAGUUGCAGCGGCUGCGGGCCGACCUGGGCCGGCUGGCGGGCGGCAUGGCGAGGCCAUGUGCUGCCGGGGGCCCUGCGGACGCCAGGCUGGCGCGGGCCCUGGAGCCGCUGCUGCACGAGAGCCGCGAUGCGAGCCGAAGGCUGGCACGCCUGGAGGAUGCGGAGGCGCGGCGGCCCCAAGCGGCAGUGCCUGGCCUGGGUGCAGUGCUGGAGGAACUGCAGCGGACGCGUGCCGACCUGAGCGCAGUGCAGAGCUGGGUCGCUCGCCGCUGGCUGCCAGCAGGUUGUGAAACAGCAAUUUUAUUCCCAAUGCGGUCCAAGAAGAUUUUUGGAAGCGUGCAUCCUGUGAGACCAAUGAAGCUUGAAUCUUUUAGCGCUUGCAUCUGGGUCAAAGCCACGGAUGUAUUAAACAAAACCAUCCUGUUUUCUUAUGGCACAAAGUGGAACCCCUACGAGAUCCAGUUGUACCUCAGCUCCCAGUCCCUAGUGUUUGUGGUGGGUGGGAAAGAGAAUAAGCUGGCUGCAGACACUGUGGUUUCCCUGGGGAGGUGGACCCACCUCUGUGGCACCUGGAGUUCAGAGCAGGGGAGCAUGUCCUUAUGGGUAAAUGGGGAGCUAGUGGCCACCACUGAGGGGAUGGCCACGAGUCACCCUGUCCCUGAGGGUGGACUCCUACAGAUUGGCCAGGAAAAGAAUGGUUGCUGUGUAGGUGGGGGCUUUGAUGAAACAUUAGCAUUUUCUGGAAGACUCACAGGCUUCAAUAUCUGGGAUCGUGUUCUCAGUGAGGAGGAGAUACGGGAGAGUGGAGGAGCCGAGUCUUGCCACAUCAGGGGAAACGUCGUCGGGUGGGGAGUUACCGAAAUCCAGCCACACGGAGGAGCUCAGUAUGUUUUCUAAGUGUUGUAAAACUCUACU